CGCCGGCCAUGCCCUUGCGAAUCACCUCCGCCCCCGUCUCCGGUGUCAAGAAGAGGAGGACCGCAGCGACCUUGAAACCCCGGGCUUCCCCGUUUGCCAGCCAUGCUCGUCGCAAAGCCACCGCUGCCACUCGGUCACCCGUCGGCUCCAAAUCCGACGCAUCCCUAGAAGAAGGUGACCAAGAACUACUUCCAGACCUUGGCUUGUCCCGAUACGUCCCGGAGACUUCGCCCGUAGAGCAUGUGGGUCAGGCUAUCGCCCAUAUUCGCGACAGCAUGUUCGAGGAUCUCCCUGCCCGAGCAGGCAUGAACAGUACCCGCGUCGCCGAAGUCCUUAAUACUCGCCGCUCGCUGCCCCCCUUAGCCUCGGUGGCCCAUAUCCAUACUCUACUGGAUGCACCCACCAGAGUAGAGAAGGAGAUCAUAGAAUUGGUGAACAGCGGUUGUGUGCGUCGGUUGGUAGUCCCGGGAAGAGGGAACGAUGCCGCGGGGCUUGGUGAUUGCCUUGUCCUUUCCGAAGACUGGGAGAGGCUUGUGCGGGAUUGUAGUGAUCUGGAACCAUAUGUCCAAGAGAAGCUGCUCGGCGUGCUGAAUCAGCCCGGUAUCAAAUCCGCGGUGCCCGGCACAGCCUUCACCGCGCCGGAAUAUAUGGCCUUGAUCCACGCCGGAUUUCUGGUCUGCUCUUCGUCUCUUACCCAGGGGUCCUCAGGCAUGGCUUUGCUCCCCAGUCUUCCGUCGAUGUCCUCGUCUGGGCACCCGGCUAGCCGAAGUGGCGGCGAUGCUCACUCGAGUGGCAUGGCAGCCCCCAGUCGUUUGCAAUCCCAUGCGGGAGCCUUUCUCCUCUCUCUGCCGAAUACAGGGCCUUAUCUUCGCCUUCUCGAGGCGGGACGUGCACACCUACUCUCUCUCCUGAAGAAAUCAAGCGCCACCGAGGUACCCCUCGGCGUUCUUCGAGAUCGGUGGGAUGGUGCGAUCGAGACGGAGAAAAGCUUUGACCUCGCAAAGAGAGUACGGGGUGAAUACGCGGGCAUACUGCCCGGCAGAACGAAAAAGUGGAAAAAUCUCUUUGGGAUGAAUUUUCGAUGGGUGGUAGAGGAAGCCGUCGGAGCCGGACUUGUCGAGAUUUUCGAUACAGGCAGUGUUGGGCCUGGGAUACGCUGUCUUUGAGAAUGGUCUUCCAGCUCAAUGCCCAUUUCAUGUAUCAAUAAGAUGACGAAGCGUGUAUUUAUGACCCUGUAUAUAGUAUGUGUGUAUAAAUAUAUAUGUAUGACCGUGUCUCUU